GCCGUGGGUGAGGAAGGGUGUGUCGCUCGCGCCCCUCCUCUCUACUACUCCUAAGCUCAGUGUUAGAGGUGCAACAGCUUCCGCCACCACGCGAGGCGUUGGUUUUGCUGUAUAAGGCGCCCAAGUAAGGCAGAAUAAUGCUCCUGGCUCUUUCCUAUUCACUAACAUUCAUCCAUCGUCAACUUUUCGGUGAAAGUUUUCGGGAGAAUUUUGAAAGGCCAAGAGUCAUGAAAGAGCUUAGGGACGACCUCCUUUUUCCUUGGAUGUGCUGAUUUCACACUCAUCGUGCGCUGGUGAUUUUUUCAUUUUAUCUUAGAUGAGUCGUUCUGAAAAAAAAAAAUCAAGGAAAAAAGAAUAGCUUUAAUGACAAUAAACUACGAUGGCUGAGUCUGAGCGGCCAGUGAAAGCAAACAUUGUAGAUUGGAUGUAGAGGUAAAAUCACAGACUGUAACAGUACACGAACAGCGAGAUCGCGGAGGUGAAGCGUGCAUGGUUGCAAGGGGUCCGAGCAGUCAGCCCUGCUCCUGUGGACCUGCUGGACACGUGCCUGCUGAAGAUGGGUAUUACGUAAUAGAAGAUGGGAAAUAAACAUUCGAAUGCGAAAUGCCAGUGCCCCAAAAAUGCUAAAAAACACAAGCAACACCAUGAUUCCCGCAACCACAGCUCACACUGUGGCGACAAACACCACAGCAAGCCAAGCAUUCUUUACAAUCAACAGGACAAGCAGCACCAGCAGCCCAGACUUCACAAUCCGUACCACACAAACGUGGUCCACUGCAGAGGUCAUGCCAGCCAGACGUCGUCAUGGCUGCCGCCUCUGGAGAACUGGGACGCGGGCGGCCAGGCUCUCCCAUACGGCUGGGAGGCCGCCACGGACAAGGAGGGGAAGCCCUACUUUAUAAACCACCUGAACAAGACCACGACGUACGAGGACCCCCGCAAGGACUACCAAGAUGAGCCCCCGCAGCCGCGCCAGAUAGAUCUCAUCCGGGAUCCUGAGAUGGGCUUUGGCUUCGUCGCCGGCUCGGAGAAGCCUGUUAUUGUUAGGUUCGUGACGGAGGGCGGCCCCAGCGUGGAGAAGCUGCUACCUGGGGACCAGAUCCUCAUGAUCAACGGCGAGGACGUGAAGAAGGCGCCCCGGGACCACGUGAUCCAGUUGGUCAGGUCAUGCAAGGACCGCGUCCAACUCACCGUCACGCAACCGCCCCUUGACAACUCGGAGCGGAAGUCGGCCCUGCUGAGCGCCGCCAAAAAGCAGCGGCUGAAGAACAACCCCUCCAGGGUCAGGUUUGCUGAGAGCGUCGACAUCAACGGAUCGCCAUCGUAUUCUCCGUCCAACUUCAAUUCGAGCGAGUCAACAACGCCCUUCAUGCCCAACGUCCUGAAAGUGUUCCUGGAAAAUGGCCAAACUAAGUCAUUCAAAUACGACUCCAGCACGACGGUGGGCGACGUGCUGGACUCCCUCCACCAAAAGCUGGGCAUUAAGUGCCCCGAACACUUCUCGCUGGUGGUAGAACAUGUCAAGAGCCUCAGAAGGAAUAAACUUACCAUCUUAGACCCAAAGGAGACACUCUCCAGGAUUGCAGCACGUCCAGGCGCUCAGCAUCUGAGAUGCCUGUACCGUGUGACCUUCGUCCCCCGAGAUGCCUACGAUUUGCUGAGAAAGGACUCGAUGGCCUUCGAGUAUCUUUACCUCCAGGUAAAUGACUGCGUGGGAUCGACAAGCGGUCCCCUCGCACCGGCACUGGGCCUGCGAGAGAGCUUUCUUCCUCUGGUUCACUCCAGGAACUUCUGCACCUUGCCAUGGCACUUGCCCUCACCUUUCACCUGUGGUCCCGGCCUUAAUCACGUAGAUGCCUGUCUUGAGGCUUUCUGUCGAGGCGGGAGUAUCGGUCAGUCACCCCUUCUCCGGGGGUCGCUGACCUUGGAUGCUCCUUCAUUAGCGUUAAACUACUGUAACCCCACUCUUCCACCCUUAGUAGCCCGGGAUGUCGCAUGCUCACCCUUCCUUUGGUCUCGUGCACUUCUCAUUCUUACCGGCUGUAAUAUAGAACAGGUUUUUCCCCUUACUCCUUCCUCUGUUUUCCUCGGUCCCGUCCAGUACCUUUACCCCGGGCCAGCAAGGUCUCUGGCUUUGUUUAAGAGGCCGUCUUGGAAGAGUAUGGGUAAGUGGCUAUGGAACUAUCGUAAACUGGUGCAGCUGCUCUACCAACUGCGGUUUUUGCUGUAUAUCCUAGCGAGAUUAAAGUCACUCGGGAAAUGGGCCUUGAGACUCAAGAUAGUGGCCAUUAUCAUCAGAAAUAUCGAGCUCAUUAUGAAACACCUGAAGAAAUUAAGAGCGGUAGGUGAGGUUUUCCUGAGGUGGCGAAUGGUGAGAAAAUUGUUAGCGCAAGUGAAGAGGAUAAUGAAGAAGUAUUUUCGCUGGAAUGUUCUCUGGAAGCUGUUAAGGAAAAUUUUCCGGAGGUAAAGGUGCUUUCCCAGCCACUUUGGGUCGUGCGCAUACGCUAACAACUUUCCCUGAGACAAACUCGCUCACCUAUUGGCAAUUUUGUGAAAACGAACAAAGUUUUGCGCCUCGAAAAUUUAUUUGGUGUUGAUACUAAUGGAAAUCUCUAAAGUACGCGUUUCUACUCAGCUCCUAAAGAGAAUGUUGGUUCUUGUUUCAUCAAAUGUACUCGUAGUAUGUUGUAUAUUAUUAGAUGCUUAUCAUUGUCCUUAAGGUUUGUAUGGCUAUUCCUUUGCAUGCCUUAAUAAAGUGUUGCCUGCGUAUGAAGUUUUC